AUGCUUGCAUCUCCAAGUUCAAAGGUGUCUCUGGUGCAAGAGACGGCAGAGCUUCUCCGCUCGUCGGCCGCUGCACCUGGCAGCUCGACAGUUGACCCUCCAAAAGUCAUAAAGGGCAUUGGUAUCCCUACCGCCAGUGUCGCGUACCCCUUCGACGUGCUUUCCUCCGAUGAGGUCUUGAACAAACUGACGGUGCUGAUCGUGGACUUCGACAGCGUUGUCCAUGAGUGUCUACGGGUACUUCAGUGCUGUGCGCAGGCUAAGCGACCGGUGCAAUCUCCAUUGUCAUCUUCCUCGUCAGUGCCGGAGCUCUCAAUCUCGUGUGAGUCCGCGAGUUCUGCUGUGCCACCGAUGCGCAGAAGAUUAGGCGGAGGCACGCUCUGCAGCGCCUUGGAGUGUGCUGCCACGAACGCGCCUCUGUUGCCAUCGCUUACGUUGCUGCUGCGCCUCUUCUUGGAGAAGCUGUGUGCAGUCAUACGCAUGAGGAAGGUGCAGGUGGAGUUGGUUCUCGGUAACUGCGGUGACAGUCUUCGACAACUGAAUGAGCUUUCUCUCUCUGAUCACGGGGAGAGACGCUGCCACGACGACGACCACCAUGGCCACAGAAGCUCACACAAUUAUUUUGAGGCUGCUCUUGCGUCAGGUCGAACUUCUUCUCCCUCAUCCCCACCGUCGUCUUCUCCAGCGGUGACAACGCUGCUUUCCUCGUUGCGCGGCGUUGAAGAGAUAGCGCUGUGGCUGGAGGUGUAUCAGGCGGUGGUCUCUUUUAUGUGGGGUGACGGCGGCGAUGUGCUGUCGCUCACGUCGUUGUACGUCACCGAUAGCUCAGGGUGGUGCGGCGCCAUGGAUCGUUGCAGGAACGGCUGGCUCAAGAACCCAAAGACGUUGGCGCAGCAGGCGUUCCCGAUCCUGUGCUCGAGCGACCACCGCGCAUUCUUUACCUCCGUUAGUGCUGACGCGUUACUGUCUUUUUGGUCUUCCUGGUGUGCCUCAGAGACAGCGCGACUGUGCGGCGGAGGCGAUUUACUGCCACCGAGAUAUUUCUUUGGCUUUGAUUGCAGCGGAAAGCUGCCGCCGAGCGAUGCCGCUGGUUUGGGGGGCGCCCUUGUCGGGGCCGGUGCUGCCGGCGCUGGCGUUGGGUGUGUAUGCGAUAACGCCGUGCCUCUGUACUUUCGUCACGGUCCAUCUGUGGCACGGCGGCUGGGGUUGCGCUCCUCUGCGUACUUACCAGCAUUGUACGCCCUCCUCACCGUGCACGAUUCCACCGUCGCGACUGCCUCGAAGAUGAACGGGAUAGGCAGCGAGGUGGCGGGGUCGGAUGUGCAUCCGCUCGUGACCCGCGCUGCGGCUCUCGUGAACCAGCACUGCGGUGUGCUACAUGUGGAUUUGCUUUUGGCGUGGUUGGGGGAGAGAGGGGCCCGUGACAAGGUGGUGGGUCCGAAAGGAGCAGAGCAGGCAGACGCGUGCGACAAUGCAUCGGAUCUUGGCUUGGUACUCUGGGAGGCGCAGACUGCACUCGGUGAGGUUUCCACCGAGGAGGCGUUCCCGUCGAUGUUUCAGCUCGCGCCUGUCUGGGUCGGUAUGUCGUGGAAGUACGCGGGCCCACCGCGUUUGUGGUGCGCUCUGAGCCGAGUAACUCAUGACAUAGUUGCCACAGAGCAACCGGCGCCUAGCACCACGCCUUCGUAUGCCCGCACCGAAACUGCUACACCUCCAUACCCGUACUUGACAGCUCUACGGACCGUUCUUAGUCUUACGUAUUAUCCAUCACGACCGUCAUCACCAGCGCUACCGCCCGAGCUGCUCUCAUUGUCCCUUUCUUGUCUCCCCCUUCGAUUGUGUAUCGCGAGCGCCGUGCGCUCCUUGUUCAGUGAGUGCGCCAUGGCAGAGUCUAGGGAAGAUGUCAGCGACCCAGUAGCCAUCACCACUCGUGUGUCGUCGGCGCUCUCGCUGGCUGUUCCGCUCACAUGCGCUCUGGCGGACCCGCACAUUGGUGUUGUGGAUGUAGUGGCUGCAGCGGCAACGGCACGGGAAGAUGAGGGAUGUGAUGAUGCACAAGCAACUCCGUCGACUGAGUGGUUUCAAGCUUGCCUGACACGCGGCGCACUGGAUGAUGUGCGCCAGUAUGUCAGGCCAGCGGCGCAGCUCACGGCGGUGGCCAUCGCUGCGCUGUGGCGCGCUCGACUUUGGACGUGCGAGGUCUGCCUCCGCUUCUUUGUGCUUUUCCUCAGUUAUCUGGAGUCGGCAUCCCCAAAGCCGGCGCCUCAGUUGUUGUCGCCGCUGUGUAUGGUCGGCGAGUCUUCCCUUGACCAGAGGGACAACAAUGGUGGCAUAGUUAUGAGCGAGGGGGACCCGAAUAGCGAUAAAGUGAUCGGGGUGAGCCAAGACGAGGUGGAGGCGUGGUGGCACGCGGUGUCGUGCUUCACAGUGCUGCACUCCCUCACUACUUCCAUCUCCCAAGCCGCGAGAAACUCGGUGACAAUGGUGGGCGGGAGCGCGAUGCCAUCGCACGGCCUCUCGAGUAUCUUCUCCGGCUGCCUUCCUGACGCGACCUACGGAGCUGCAGACCGGCUCGCAUUCAUGUCCUUUCUUCGUGGCUAUGGUUUGCUGCUCACUCGCGGGAAGGCACGCGAUGAGGUGGGUAUUGGGGAGCCGGAUAUCGUGGAGGCUGACACGGAGGUCAAAAGCGGCGGCGGGGAGGCGGCGGCGGCGGCGCACGGGAGGGAGCAUUUAUCGCCGCUGCCGUCGGUGCUGCCGCCCAGCCGGCUAAUGCCUUUGAUGAAGCGACUGCAGUGCCCCUUUGCCCUGAUGGACGAGGUGGUACACCUGCAUCGUAUCUUGACUACAAUGGCGGAAACCCCUACUCCGUGA